GCGCAGAAGCCGCUGCCUCCCGGGAGCCGGCCGUGCGCUCCGGGCCCGCGCCAGCCCGCCCCCUGCCCGCGAGGCCCGCGGGCUCCCGUAACUGGAUAAAAGAAGACUGGAAACAUGUCCGAGUUUUGGUUAAUUUCUGCCCCUGGAGAUAAGGAAAAUUUACAGGCGCUGGAGAGGAUGAAUACAGUAACCUCCAAGUCAAACCUGUCUUAUAACACCAAAUUCACGAUUCCUGAUUUCAAGGUGGGGACCUUGGAUUCCCUUGUUGGCCUCUCUGAUGAGUUGGGGAAACUCGAUAUCUUUGCUGAAAGCCUCAUAAAGAGAAUGGCCCAGAGUGUGGUGGAAGUGAUGGAAGAUGCAAAGGGGAAGGUCCAGGAGAACCUUCUGGCCAAUGGAGCUGACUUAACGUCCUUUGUGACCCACUUCGAAUGGGACAUGGCCAAGUAUCCUGCGAAGCAGCCGCUGGUGAGCAUAGCGGACACUCUGGCAAAGCAACUGGCACAGAUUGAGACGGACCUGAAGUCCCGAACGGCCGCCUACAGCGCUCUGAAGACAAAUCUGGAGAACCUGGAGAAGAAAUCCACGGGGAACCUCUUCACUCGGACACUGAGCGACAUUGUGAGCAAAGAAGACUUUGUGUUGGAUUCUGAGUACCUGAUUACACUUCUGGUCAUUGUUCCCAAACCAAGCUAUGCACAAUGGCAAAAAACCUACGAAUCCCUCUCGGACAUGGUGGUCCCACGGUCGACGAAGCUGAUAGCUGAGGACAACGAGGGCGGCCUCUUCACCGUGACCCUGUUUCGAAAAGUGAUUGACGAUUUCAAAACCAAAGCCAAAGAGAAUAAGUUCACUGUCCGUGAAUUUUACUAUGAUGAAAAAGAAAUUAAAAGGGAAAGGGAAGAGAUGACCAGAUUGCUGUCGGAUAAGAAGCAACAAUACCAAACUUCCUGUGUUGCUCUUAAAAAGGGAUCAUCCACCUUCCCGGACCACAAGGUUAAGGUAACCCCGCUAGGGAACCCUGAUAGGCCCGCUGCGGGGCAGAACGACAGAGAGAGAGAGAGUGAGGGCGAGGGUGAGGGCCCGCUGCUGCGAUGGCUCAAGGUGAACUUCAGCGAAGCCUUUAUUGCCUGGAUCCACAUCAAGGCACUGAGAGUGUUUGUGGAGUCUGUGCUCAGGUAUGGAUUGCCAGUGAACUUCCAGGCGGUUCUCCUCCAGCCUCAUAAGAAGUCAUCCACCAAACGUUUAAGAGAGGUUCUGAACUCCGUCUUCAGACAUCUGGAUGAAGUCGCAGCCGCAAGUAUAUUGGAUGCAUCCGUGGAGAUCCCUGGAUUGCAACUCAGCAACCAAGACUACUUUCCUUAUGUCUAUUUCCACAUCGACCUUGGUCUUCUUGACUAGAAACAUGAGCCGGCACCGCUAAACUUGCAUAUUUGUGCAAAUUACCACAGACGCUUCUUUCCUUUAGCCAGAGAAGAGUUCAAGUAUCCUACAGAAUUUAAAUUUUUAGAGAAAUUGCUCACAAAAAUUAGUUACAGUUGUAUUUAUUUUUUUUAAGUUACAAUAAAGAAAUGUUCUCAAUCCUU